GUGUCAUAGCAAUGAUUAGCAAAAUAACAUCAUACGUAAUUAAAUCAACUGACUCAUGCAUGUAGGUAUAUUAAGGAAAACAGUUAUAUUGACCUCACAGAAAGGCAAGCUCAUUUCGUAUUUGUUCACGUAUAAAGUGCUCUUUGAUUUUGUGUGAACUAAGACCGUUUAACAAUGGGUUUAAAGGGAAUUUAUUUUGUCCUAAUUACCCUUUCUAUUUAUUUAAUACAACAUACUGAUGCGUUUCCAAGAGACAGCAGUGUGACGAAAACAGAAACCUUGUUGGAAUCACACGAAACAGCGUCGUCUCCGGUGAAAGGCAGCCCGGUACAAGUCCUUAGUGAAUCAGAUGUCAAAAUACCAGGCCGUGUGAGCUGUCCCUACGAGGAGGCGACCGAAUAUGCUAUAUGUCAAGAACAUUGUCUACCGAAGGGUUAUUCAUAUGGCAUUUGUGUCAGUGAAACGUGUAGUUGCAUCUAGAUAAUUCGUACACAUUUCUAAGAAAAAUGGAUUAAUAAAGUAAACAGUUUCGUAAAA